CGUCAUAGGGUGGCUUAUCGGACUUCUUGUAGGGGAAAUACUUCUGCUACAGUGCCAUCUCAUCUGCCGGUGUGAUAGUCAUCUUGCCGGGUUUCACCGUGCUUGUAUCAGCCCUCGAGUUGAUGUCCAAGAACAUGUUUUGUGGCUCUGUGAGAAUCGUCUAUGCCAUCAUCUACACGCUCUUCUUGGGAUUCGGUCUUACGAUCGGGUCUGACUUGUAUUUGGUUGUUGACAGACGUGCUCGUCGCGCAUACUACACUGGGCCGGCGACCACCGAAUCGACUUACACGCACGGGUACUUUGAUAUAAUGAACGGGACUGACGCUGGCCAGAUGCUGAGCGGAGUCCUGGCUGUUACUGGGAAAAGUUUCGAGUCUGAGCACAUCAUCAAGGGCUGCUUCCGCGAUCCUGGCUGGUCCUGGGCUCGGCAGCCUUUUCCUUGGUGGACGAUGCUGUUUCUGGUGCCACUGUACUCGACUUCGUCAUCGCUCUCUAACCUGCAAAGUAUCUUUACGUGGCACUCUCGCAAGCAACUUGUGAUCAUGGUCUUCUUCUCGUGUUGCUCCUACACUGCCAACCGCGCCAUCAGUGCUAUUCUGCCUACGAGACCGGAUAUUGUGUCUGCCUCGGGUGCUUUUGUGAUCGGAUGUCUGGGCAACACUUAUUCACGCUUGUUGCGUGGGACCGCCUUCACUUCGAUGGUGACGGGAGUCUUGUUCUUGGUCCCUUCUGGUAUUGCUCAAGGUGGUGGUCUCACUCAAACGUACAAAAAUUCUGCGGAUCAAUACUCGAGUGGGUUCUCGCUGGCGCUCCGGAUGAUUUCAGUGGCAUGUGGUGUGACGAUCGGUUUGUUUGUGAGCCAGGUUCUCGUAUAUCUAUUUGGGACGCGCAAGAACGCAGCCCAUUUCGCAUUUUGAGAUUGAAUUAUACGCGCAAGACAGAAUUAUAGAGACAUGUACAUAUGAUAUAUGCAUUAGCAAUCACCCGAACAGCUCAUUCAGCUCAUCCAUACGACGGGCCAUCAUCUCGGACUUGCUGUACGACUGGCCAAGGGUCAUGUUCGCAAGCUCCGUCUUCUUGCGCUGCACCUCGAGCAGCCGCGCUUCGAUCGUGUUCUCGAUGAUCAGCUUGAUUGUGGUCACGGGACGAGUUUGACCCAGUCGGUGCUUGGAGCAAACAUCAGCGCGCUCGAAAAAAAACGUCGGAGCGAGGGGCCUCACAAUACGAUCUACGGCCUGGUUCUCGACGGCAGGAUUCCUGUGAAAAAACACACGACAUGAGCCGACAUGUGAAAGAUACGGUCACCGCACAUACCAAUAAGGGUCCAUGAGGUAGACCCGUUGUGCGGC